AUGAAGCCGCAGUCUUGGCGCAGCAACAAAACCAGAAGGUUUUGCAUAAAUUUCUUUGAUCCUGCUCUUGUGUUGCUGCUGCUGACUUUCAUCUCUCCUGUUGAUUCAUGCACCAAGCAGGAGAGACAUUCCCUCCUCCGGUUCCUCGCUGGGUUAUCACAAGAUGGUGGCCUCGCCGUGUCAUGGCAGAAUAGUCCAAAUUGUUGCACCUGGGAAGGGAUAAUCUGUGGAGAAGAUGGUGCAGUAACUGAGCUAUUACUGGCCUCAAGAGGCCUACAAGGGUGCAUCUCAUCAUCCCUGAGCGAGCUUACCAGCUUGUCGCGACUCAACCUGUCGUACAACUUGCUCUCCGAUGGGCUUCCAUCAGAGCUGAUAUCCACUAGCAGCAUCGUCGUCCUUGAUGUCAGCUUCAACCGCCUAGAUGGAGAACUACAUGAGCUGAAUUCGUCAUCACCUGACCGGCCUCUCCAGGUACUGAAUAUCUCGAGCAACCUGUUUACGGGAGCAUUUCCGUCCACCACAUGGGAGAAAAUGAGCAACCUGUUUGCAAUCAAUGCGAGCAACAACAGUUUUACUGGCUACAUACCUUCCACUUUUUGUAUCAGCUCAUCAUCCUUUGCUAUGCUUGAUCUUUCUUACAACCAAUUCAGUGGCAACAUCCCCCAUGGGAUAGGUAAAUGCUGUUCCCUUAGAAUGCUAAAGGCUGGUCACAACAACAUCAUUGGGACCCUGCCAGAUGAUCUCUUCAGUGCCACUUCAUUGGAGUACCUCUCCUUUGCUAACAAUGGUUUGCAAGGAACAAUUAAUGGUGCACUCAUAAUAAAGCUCAGUAAUCUUGUUUUUGUUGAUCUUGGCUGGAAUAGAUCCAGUGGCAAGAUCCCAAAUUCUAUUGGCCAGCUAAAGAGGCUAGAGGAGCUUCACAUGAGCAGCAACAACUUAUCUGGAGAGCUGCCGUCAUCCUUGGGCGAGUGCACAUAUCUAGUAACCAUCAACCUCAGCAGCAACAAGUUCACAGGAGAGCUUGCCAAUGUUAACUUCUCCAACCUGCCCAAUCUGAAAGCAUUAGAUUUUUCCGGGAAUGAUUUCACCGGCACCAUUCCAGAGAGCAUCUACUCAUGCAGCAAUUUGACUUCGUUGCGCCUAUCUGCCAAUAGGCUUCAUGGCCAGCUGACAAAGAAUAUAGGAAAUCUGAAGUCUAUCAUAUUCUUAUCUAUUUCCUACAACAAUUUUACAAACAUAACUAAUACCCUUCACAUACUCAAGAGCUUAAGGAACCUCAGUGUCUUGUUUAUGGGGAGCAACUUCAAGAAUGAAGCUAUGCCACAGGAUGAAAAAAUUGAUGGUUUCAAGAAUAUUCUAGGUCUUGGGAUAAACGACUGUGCACUGUCUGGAAAAGUACCUAAUUGGUUCUCAAAGCUCAGAAAUUUGCAGGUUUUAUGCAACAAACAUGAGAAGAGCUCUCUCCUCCGGUUCCUUGCUGGGCUAUCACACGACAAUGGCAUCGCCAUGUCAUGGCGGAAUGGCAUGGACUGCUGCGAGUGGGAAGGCAUCACCUGCAGUGAAGAUGGGGCUGUCAUUGAGGUCUCUCUUGCCUCUAAAGGCCUUGAAGGGAGGAUCUCACCGUCGCUGGGAGAGCUCACCAGCUUGUCGCGCCUCAACUUGUCGUACAACUCGCUCUCCGGUGGCCUUCCGGCAGAGCUGAUGUCCUCUGGUAGCAUCGUUGUCCUUGAUGUCAGCUUCAACCACCUCAACGGCAACCUGCAAGAGCUGAAUUCAUCAGUAUCUAACCAGCCACUGCAGGUACUGAAUAUCUCAAGCAACCAGUUUACAGGAGCAUUUCCCUCCAGCACAUGGGAGAAAAUGAGCAACCUGGUUGCAAUCAACGUGAGCAACAACAGUUUUACUGGGCAUAUACCUUCCUCUUUCUGCAUCGGCUCGCCAUCUUUUGCUGUUAUUGACAUUGGCUACAAUCAGUUCAGUGGCAGCAUCCCCCCAGGAAUAGGUAACUGCACUGCCCUUAGAAUGCUAAAAGCUGGUAACAACAACAUUAGCGGGGCCCUCCCGGAUGAUCUCUUCCAUGCCACAUCAUUGGAGUACCUCUCUUUUGCUAACAACGGUUUGCAAGGAACAAUUAAUGGUUCACUCAUCAUAAAGCUCAGUAAUCUUGUUUUUGUUGAUCUUGGCUGGAACAGAUUCAGUGGCAAAAUCCCAAAUUCUAUUGGUCAGCUAAAGAGACUAAAGGAGCUUCACAUUAGCAGCAACAACUUAUCUGGAGAGCUUCCAGCAUCCUUGGGCGACUGCACAAAUCUAGUAAUCAUCAACCUCAGCACCAACAAGUUCACAGGAGAGCUUGCCAAAGUUAACUUCUCCAACCUGCCCAAUCUGAAAGCAUUAGAUUUUUCCUGGAAUAAUUUCAACGGCACCAUUCCAGAGAGCAUCUACUCAUGCAGCAAUUUGACUUGGUUGCGCCUAUCUGCCAAUAGGCUUCAUGGCCAGUUGUCAAAAAAUAUAGGAAAUCUUAAGUCGAUCACCUUCUUAUCUAUUUCCUACAACAAUUUUACAAACAUAACUAAUACCCUUCACAUACUCAAGAGCUUAAGGAACCUCACUGUCUUGUUUAUGGGGAGCAACUUCAAGAAUGAAGCUAUGCCACAGGAUGAAGCAAUUGAUGGUUUUGAGAAUAUUCAGGGUCUUGCCAUAGAGCGUUGUGCACUGUAUGGUAAGAUACCUAAUUGGUUAUCAAAACUCAGAAAUUUGCAGGUUUUAACUUUAUACAGCAAUCAACUCAGUGGACCAAUACCGACCUGGAUCAAUAGCCUUAACUUCCUUAAGUAUGUGGAUGUAUCCAAUAAUAGCCUUACAGGAGAAAUACCAGCGGCACUAAUGGAGAUGCCAAUGCUAAAGUCAGACAAGGUUGCAGAUAACUCAGAACAAAGAGCAUUUACAUUUUCGUUUUAUGCGGGUGCAUGUUUGUGUUUGCAGUAUCAUACAACUACUGCUCUCCCUGAAAUGUUGAAUCUAGGUAACAACAAUUUCACUGGUGUGAUCCCCAUGGAGAUUGGUGAGUUAAAAGAACUUGUUUCACUCAACUUGAGCUUCAACAACUUAAAUGGAGAGAUCCCAGAAUCGAUCAGCAACCUCAAGAACCUGAUGGUUCUAGACCUGUCAUACAACCAUCUGACAGGUGCAAUCCCUCCAGCAAUGGUGAACCUUCACUUCCUUUCCGAAUUCAACGUUUCCUACAAUGACCUUAAAGGGCCUGUACCAAGCGGAGACCAGUUCAGCACAUUUCCAAGUUCUAGUUUUGCUGGAAACCCAAAGCUAUGCAGCCCUAUGCUUGUACACCACUGCAAUUCAGCAGAAGCAGCUCCAACCUCCACUAUCUUGACAAAGCAGUAUAUCGACAAGGUAGUGUUUGCAAUUGCAUUUGGUGUGUUCUUUGGAGUAGGUGUGCUAUAUGAUCAGAUAAUCAUGUACAAAUAUUUUGGCUAA